AGCUUUAUUCUUCAUUUUUUUAUAUGUAGAAAUCCCACCACUGGUUCAUUCGUGCAUCUUUUUUUAAUCGAUCCCCCAAAAAUCAAAUCAAAUCAAAUUAAAAAUGCAAAUCACAGCUCAAAUAUUCUACCAAUUCAUCUAAAAUGUGGCCGCAAUGCGAAGAUUGACAUUCAUUAUGUUGGAGGCUCCGAGUUAUCUGGUGUCAAGGGACUUACCAUCUUCAUGUGAGGAAGAGAGCAAGUGGAUAUAUAACGCACACUGUGUGCUUCAGCUCUCCUUGAAAAAACGGUUGUUGGAUGAUACCGAUGAAGAAGGAAGUUCCGCUAAGAAACUGUUGCGAGUUGAUCAUGGAAGCAGAGGUGAAUCUGAGAAGAUUACAGAUAUUCUUCAGCUUGCUAAAAUCUAUCAGAGGUCUAACCAGAGUCAACAAGGUGGUGAUCAACAGAGUUCACCGGUUACUCGGCUUGACCAAAACGCACUUCUCAACUGCUUGGCUCACUGUUCGUUGUCUGAUUUCGGGUCUAUAGCCUCUACGAAUAAAACCUUCCGCUCGUUGAUUAAGGACAGCGAGUUGUAUAGGUUGAGACGGGCAAAGGGUAUUGUGGAGCAUUGGAUUUACUUCUCUUGCAGGCUCUUGGAAUGGGAAGCUUAUGAUCCAAAUGGAGAUCGCUGGUUACGUGUACCGAAAAUGACAUUUAACGAAUGUUUUAUGUGUUCGGAUAAAGAGUCUCUGGCGGUUGGCACCGAGCUUCUUGUUUUUGGUAAAGAGAUCAUGUCUCAUGUGAUUUACCGAUAUAGUAUCUUGACCAAUACAUGGACAUCGGGUAUGCAAAUGAAUGUCCCGAGGUGCUUGUUUGGAUCAGCGAGUCUAGGCGAGAUCGCGGUUAUAGCUGGAGGAUGCGAUCCGCGUGGGCGGAUAUUGAGCUCGGCAGAGCUUUAUAACUCGGAAACUGGGGAAUGGACGGUCAUCCCGAGCAUGAACAAAGCUAGGAAAAUGUGCUCUAGCGUGUUCAUGGACGGGAAUUUCUAUUGCAUUGGAGGUAUCGGAGAGGGAAACUCGAAGAUGCUAAUGUGCGGUGAAGUCUAUGAUCUGAAGAAGAAGACAUGGACAUUGAUACCUAACAUGUUACCGGAAAGAAGCAACGGAGGUGGAGGAGAUCAAGCAAAAGAGAUUGCCGCUGCAACAGCGGCUUCAGAGGCACCACCGCUUGUAGCAGUUGUAAAAGACGAGCUUUAUGCUGCGAAUUACGCGCAGCAAGAAGUAAGGAAAUACGAUAAAAGGCGUAAUGUAUGGAAUAAAGUAGGGAAUUUGCCUGAGAGGGCUUCUUCGAUGAACGGUUGGGGAAUGGCGUUUCGAGCUUGCGGGGAUCAGUUAGUGGUGGUUGGAGGACCUAGGGCAAUAGGAGGAGGGUUCAUAGAGAUCAAUGCUUGUGUCCCAAGAGAAGGAACACAACUGCAUUGGAGAGUUCUUGCUUCUAAGCCAUCGGGAAACUUUGUGUAUAAUUGUGCGGUGAUGGGAUGUUGAUGAAGAAGACUUGAGAGAGCCAUUUCAAAGUUAUUGACUUUUUUAUUAGAGUUUUUCUUCUUCUUGUUUUGGGUUUUAUUUUCAUGAUUGGGGUCAAGAGAGUCUCUCUAUUUUCUUCUUUGUCUUUGUGGGAUUAUUGUUGUUGUUCAGGUAUAAUCUGGAACUGAAAAGUUUCAAUAAAUUUGAAGAAGAUUAAGAACAAGCAUCAUCUUGUCUUGUCUCUCUCAACAUUGUUAUUUUGUAAUUUGUUUCCACUGUUACACUCUUUUAGAAUAAAUUUCUCUGUUUUUC